AUGCAAGAACAUCCAACGGAUUAUUCUGUGAGUGUGGAAGGCCAAAGGCAGGGCAACCAUGGGAAUCAUUUCACUGUCACCAUAGAAGGCAAAGCGACUGAUAAUUCUCUCAGGGGAUUUGUGGAAAACAUCUAUGCGAUCCUUGAAGGAGAACAGAAAAUAGCUAACAUGAACAUGAACAUAGAAGGUCAAGGGAUUGGUACUUCUGUCCACAAAUUAGUCCGAGACUUCAAUGUUUCCUUGAAAAAGAGGCCCAGUCUGAUUGACAAUGAACACAGCGAAAGAGGCAAGCAGCUCAAGUUUACCUUGAACAUACAAGGCCAAGGGAACGAUGCUUCCAGACAGAGAUUAGUAGAAAAGAUCAAGGCUUUACUUGAAAUGCAAGAACAUCCAACGGAUUAUUCUGUGAGUGUGGAAGGCCAAAGGCAGGGCAACCAUGGGAAUCAUUUCACUGUCACCAUAGAAGGCAAAGCGACUGAUAAUUCUCUCAGGCGAUUUGUGGAAAACAUCUACGCGAUCCUUGAAGGAGAACAGAAAAUAGCUAACAUGAACAUGAACAUAAAAGGUCAAGGGAUUGGUACUUCUGUCCACAAAUUAGUCCGAGACUUCAAUGUUUCCUUGAAAAAGAGGCCCAGUCUGAUUGACAAUGAACACAGCGAAAGAGGCAAGCAGCUCAAGUUUACCUUGAACAUACAAGGCCAAGGGGACGAUGCUUCCAGACAGAGAUUAGUAGAAAAGAUCAAGGCUUUGCUUGAAAUGCAAGAACAUCCAACGGAUUAUUCUGUGAGUGUGGAAGGCCAAAGGCAGGGCAACCAUGGGAAUCAUUUCACUGUCACCAUAGAAGGCAAAGCGACUGAUAAUUCUCUCAGGGGAUUUGUGGAAAACAUCUAUGCGAUCCUUGAAGGAGAACAGAAAAUAGCUAACAUGAACAUGAACAUAGAAGGUCAAGGGAUUGGUACUUCUGUCCACAAAUUAGUCCGAGACUUCAAUGUUUCCUUGAAAAAGAGGCCCAGUCUGAUUGACAAUGAACACAGCGAAAGAGGCAAGCAGCUCAAGUUUACCUUGAACAUACAAGGCCAAGGGGACGAUGCUUCCGGACAGAGAUUAGUAGAAAAGAUCAAGGCUUUGCUUGAAAUGCAAGAACAUCCAACGGAUUAUUCUGUGAGUGUGGAAGGCCAAAGGCAGGGCAACCAUGGGAAUCAUUUCACUGUCACCAUAGAAGGCAAAGCGACUGAUAAUUCUCUCAGGGGAUUUGUGGAAAACAUCUAUGCGAUCCUUGAAGGAGAACAGAAAAUAGCUAACAUGAACAUGAACAUAGAAGGUCAAGGGAUUGGUACUUCUGUCCACAAAUUAGUCCGAGACUUCAAUGUUUCCUUGAAAAAGAGGCCCAGUCUGAUUGACAAUGAACACAGCGAAAGAGGCAAGCAGCUCAAGUUUACCUUGAACAUACAAGGCCAAGGGGACGAUGCUUCCAGACAGAGAUUAGUAGAAAAGAUCAAGGCUUUGCUUGAAAUGCAAGAACAUCCAACGGAUUAUUCUGUGAGUGUGGAAGGCCAAAGGCAGGGCAACCAUGGGAAUCAUUUCACUGUCACCAUAGAAGGCAAAGCGACUGAUAAUUCUCUCAGGGAUUUGUGGAAAACAUCUAUGCGAUCCUUGAAGGAGAACAGAAAAUAGCUAACAUGAACAUGAACAUAGAAGGUCAAGGGAUUGGUACUUCUGUCCACAAAUUAGUCCGAGACUUCAAUGUUUCCUUGAAAAAGAGGCCCAGUCUGAUUGACAAUGAACACAGCGAAAGAGGCAAGCAGCUCAAGUUUACCUUGAACAUACAAGGCCAAGGGGACGAUGCUUCCAGACAGAGAUUAGUAGCAAAGAUCAAGGCUUUACUUGAAAUGCAAGAACAUCCAACGGAUUAUUCUGUGAGUGUGGAAGGCCAAAGGCAGGGCAACCAUGGGAAUCAUUUCACUGUCACCAUAGAAGGCAAAGCGACUGAUAAUUCUCUCAGGGGAUUUGUGGAAAACAUCUAUGCGAUCCUUGAAGGAGAACAGAAAAUAGCUAACAUGAACAUGAACAUAGAAGGUCAAGGGAUUGGUACUUCUGUCCACAAAUUAGUCCGAGACUUCAAUGUUUCCUUGAAAAAGAGGCCCAGUCUGAUUGACAAUGAACACAGCGAAAGAGGCAAGCAGCUCAAGUUUACCUUGAACAUACAAGGCCAAGGGGACGAUGCUUCCAGACAGAGAUUAGUAGCAAAGAUCAAGGCUUUACUUGAAAUGCAAGAACAUCCAACGGAUUAUUCUGUGAGUGUGGAAGGCCAAAGGCAGGGCAAUCAUGGGAAUCAUUUCACUGUCACCAUAGAAGGCAAAGCGACUGAUAAUUCUCUCAGGCGAUUUGUGGAAAACAUCUACGCGAUCCUUGAAGGAGAACAGAAAAUAGCUAACAUGAACAUGAACAUAGAAGGUCAAGGGAUUGGUACUUCUGUCCACAAAUUAGUCCGAGACUUCAAUGUUUCCUUGAAAAAGAGGCCCAGUCUGAUUGACAAUGAACACAGCGAAAGAGGCAAGCAGCUCAAGUUUACCUUGAACAUACAAGGCCAAGGGGACGAUGCUUCCAGACAGAGAUUAGUAGAAAAGAUCAAGGCUUUGCUUGAAAUGCAAGAACAUCCAACGGAUUAUUCUGUGAGUGUGGAAGGCCAAAGGCAGGGCAACCAUGGGAAUCAUUUCACUGUCACCAUAGAAGGCAAAGCGACUGAUAAUUCUCUCAGGCGAUUUGUGGAAAACAUCUAUGCGAUCCUUGAAGGAGAACAGAAAAUAGCUAACAUGAACAUGAACAUAGAAGGUCAAGGGAUUGGUACUUCUGUCCACAAAUUAGUCCGAGACUUCAAUGUUUCCUUGAAAAAGAGGCCCAGUCUGAUUGACAAUGAACACAGCGAAAGAGGCAAGCAGCUCAAGUUUACCUUGAACAUACAAGGCCAAGGGGACGAUGCUUCCGGACAGAGAUUAGUAGAAAAGAUCAAGGCUUUACUUGAAAUGCAAGAACAUCCAACGGAUUAUUCUGUGAGUGUGGAAGGCCAAAGGCAGGGCAACCAUGGGAAUCAUUUCACUGUCACCAUAGAAGGCAAAGCGACUGAUAAUUCUCUCAGGGGAUUUGUGGAAAACAUCUACGCGAUCCUUGAAGGAGAACAGAAAAUAGCUAACAUGAACAUGAACAUAGAAGGUCAAGGGAUUGGUACUAAUGUCCACAAAUUAGUCCGAGACUUCAAUGUUUCCUUGAAAAAGAGGCCCAGUCUGAUUGACAAUGAACACAGCGAAAGAGGCAAGCAGCUCAAGUUUACCUUGAACAUACAAGGCCAAGGGGACGAUGCUUCCGGACAGAGAUUAGUAGAAAAGAUCAAGGCUUUACUUGAAAUGCAAGAACAUCCAACGGAUUAUUCUGUAAGUGUGGAAGGCCAAAGGCAGGUCAACCAUGGGAAUCAUUUCACUGUCACCAUAGAAGGCAAAGCGACUGAUAAUUCUCUCAGGCGAUUUGUGGAAAACAUCUACGCGAUCCUUGAAGGAGAACAGAAAAUAGCUAACAUGAACAUGAACAUAGAAGGUCAAGGGAUUGGUACUUCUGUCCACAAAUUAGUCCGAGACUUCAAUGUUUCCUUGAAAAAGAGGCCCAGUCUGAUUGACAAUGAACACAGCGAAAGAGGCAAGCAGCUCAAGUUUACCUUGAACAUACAAGGCCAAGGGGACGAUGCUUCCAGACAGAGAUUAGUAGAAAAGAUCAAGGCUUUACUUGAAAUGCAAGAACAUCCAACGGAUUAUUCUGUGAGUGUGGAAGGCCAAAGGCAGGGCAACCAUGGGAAUCAUUUCACUGUCACCAUAGAAGGCAAAGCGACUGAUAAUUCUCUCAGGCGAUUUGUGGAAAACAUCUACGCGAUCCUUGAAGGAGAACAGAAAAUAGCUAACAUGAACAUGAACAUAAAAGGUCAAGGGAUUGGUACUUCUGUCCACAAAUUAGUCCGAGACUUCAAUGUUUCCUUGAAAAAGAGGCCCAGUCUGAUUGACAAUGAACACAGCAAAAGAGGCAAGCAGCUCAAGUUUACCUUGAACAUACAAGGCCAAGGGGACAAUGCUUCUGGACAGAGAUUAGUAGAAAAGAUCAAGGCUUUACUUGAAAUGCAAGAACAUCCAAUGGAUUAUUCUGUGAGUGUGGAAGGCCAAAGGCAGGGCAACCAUGGGAAUCAUUUCACUGUCACCAUAGAAGGCAAAGCGACUGAUAAUUCUCUCAGGCGAUUUGUGGAAAACAUCUACGCGAUCCUUGAAGGAGAACAGAAAAUAACUAACAUGAACAUGAACAUAAAAGGUCAAGGGAUUGGUACUUCUGUCCACAAAUUAGUCCGAGACUUCAAUGUUUCCUUGAAAAAGAGGCCCAGUCUGAUUGACAAUGAACACAGCGAAAGAGGCAAGCAGCUCAAGUUUACCUUGAACAUACAAGGCCAAGGGGACGAUACUUCCGGACAGAGAUUAGUAGAAAAGAUCGAGGCUUUACUUGAAAUGCAAGAACAUCCAACGGAUUAUUCUGUGAGUGUGGAAGGCCAAAGGCAGGGCAACCAUGGGAAUCAUUUCACUGUCACCAUAGAAGGGAAAGCGACUGAUAAUUCUCUUAGGCGAUUUGUGGAAAACAUCUAUGCGAUCCUUGAAGGAGAACAGAAAAUAGCUAACAUGAACAUGAACAUAGAAGGUCAAGGGAUUGGUACUUCUGUCCACAAAUUAGUCCGAGACUUCAAUGUUUCCUUGAAAAAGAGGCCCAGUCUGAUUGACAAUGAACACAGCGAAAGAGGCAAGCAGCUCAAGUUUACCUUGAACAUACAAGGCCAAGGGGACGAUGCUUCCGGACAGAGAUUAGUAGAAAAGAUCGAGGCUUUACUUGAAAUGCAAGAACAUCCAACGGAUUAUUCUGUGAGUGUGGAAGGCCAAAGGCAGGGCAACCAUGGGAAUCAUUUCACUGUCACCAUAGAAGGCAAAGCGACUGAUAAUUCUCUCAGGGAUUUGUGGAAAACAUCUAUGCGAUCCUUGAAGGAGAACAGAAAAUAGCUAACAUGAACAUGAACAUAGAAGGUCAAGGGAUUGGUACUUCUGUCCACAAAUUAGUCCGAGACUUCAAUGUUUCCUUGAAAAAGAGGCCCAGUCUGAUUGACAAUGAACACAGCGAAAGAGGCAAGCAGCUCAAGUUUACCUUGAACAUACAAGGCCAAGGGGACGAUGCUUCCAGACAGAGAUUAGUAGAAAAGAUCAAGGCUUUUCUUGACAUGGAUGGUCAAAUAACAGAUUACUUUGUAAACAUUAAAAGCCAAGACCUAGGCAACCAGGUGACUCGGUUUACAGUCUCCACAGAAGGCCAAGGGACUGAUGAUUCACUCAGGAGAUUAGUGGAAAAUAUUGAUGCAAUCCUUCAAGUAGAACGGAAAAUUACUCACAUAACCAUCAGAAUCCAAGGCCAAGGGAUUGAUGCUUCUCUCCACCAAUUAAUCCAACAGAUAAAUGCUUCCCUGAGCAAAAGGCCCAAUGUGGUUGUCCCUGUAUCUAUAAGAAACCAGCUGAUCAGGUUUACAUUCACUAUGCAAGGCCAAGGCAACAAGCCUUCUCAAAAGACGUUAGUCCAAAAAGUGAAGAGUUUUAUUUACCAGGAAGGGCAUAUAUAUGAUUUUUCUGUGAACUUGGAAGGUAAAGGCCAAGGCAACCAGAUAUUUCCUUUUAAAGUCACUAUGGAAGGCAAAGGGACUAAUCGCUCUAUAAAGAGAUUGCUUCGAAAUAUCUAUUUCAUCCUUCGGACGGACGUCAAAAUAUCUGAUAUUACCAGCAGCAUACAAGGUGAAGGGAUUGAUGUUUCUCUCCACCAAUCAAUCAAUGAGAUCAAUGCUUCCUCAAGAAAGGUUAAUUAACUGUUUAUUUCCUGACAAUAGAAAACUAAAGCACUGGUUUUUAACCCAGAAGGAAUGAAUAGAUGGUAUCCAAAGAAAGUGCAGGAUUACAAGGGUUCUUGUUACAGGAAACUAUGUACAGGGAAUUUGAAAGGAAAUGGAUCAAGUGGUCCAGGCUUGUACUGCUGCAAAAUAAUGUGAGAUUUCUAUCUUUUUCAAAUAAAUGGCAGCAGAAACGAUACAUGUAUAUUAAGUGUCUAUGUCUCAUGUUUGGGUAUUAUAACUUGAAUACAUACUCUGCAAAAGUGCUCCUCAAACUGGCUUUAGAAUGAUAAGCAUGCCAUGGAGGCUCAUUAGCCAUAACUAGUCAGCUUUGAGGAAGUGAUGGAGUCAAGGAAGUGGUUAGGUCAUCAGUUCCAUUCCUUUUCAAGCAGGUUGGCUCAGUUGGAUGCUCUCCACUGCAAUGAUUGCAAUGACCCAUGGUGCACACCAUCAUCCCCAUAUCUCAUAUGAGAAGCAGCGGUCAACACAAAGAAGCUAAACCCAAUCCCCCAUCCAGCAGGGAGGAUUCUGGCAUUCUCAUCCUUAUGUACCUGAGUGGAAAGGUGCAUCUAGUCACAAGCUGGCAAAUAAAAUUUUGAAUGUGAGCCGAGCUCAGCUCCCAUUCAUGGUGGCUGCUUCCUACUUUAAGUGAAAUUUAUAAAAUAUAACAUACACAUUUUAUUACCCAGUCACAGACCCUAUAACUAUGAAAGUUACAUGACUCUCUAGUUGAGUUAUAGUUCUCUAUCCAGCCUGGCUGGGUUGUGGCAUGGUGGGGCCUCAUUAUCACCAUAACAAGGGCUUCCUGAGGUAUGGCACCAUCCCUUCCCACCAUUCCUUUGACCCUACCAAUUAAGGAAUUCCUGAUGGGAUGCGGGUGGUGCUGUAGGUUAAACCACAGAGCCUAGGACUUGCUGAUCAGAAGGUCGCGGUUCGAAUCCCCAUGAUGGGGUGAGCUCCCGUUGCUCGGUCCCUGCUCUUGCCAACCUAGCAGUUUGAAAGCACGUCAAAUGCAAGUAGAUAAAUAGGUACCGCUCCGGCAGGAAGGUAAAUGGUGUUUCCGUGCGCUGCUCUGGUUCGCCAGAAGCGGCUUAGUCAUGCUGGCCACAUGACCAGGAAGCUGUACGCCUGCUCCCUCGGACAAUAAAGCGAGAUGAGCGCCGCAACCCCAGAGUCAGCCACAACUGGACCUAAUGGUCAGGGGUCCCUUUACCUUUACCUUUAAGGUAUUGAUGGAGAUGGUAAGGAAACCAACAUCAGAUCUCCUUCUUCCAAGGUUGGAGUUGUCACUUUGAUGCAUUCUUUGGCCCUGGGGGUCCCCCUUGCACAGUAGUAUACAAUCGAAGUUAAUAGCCAUUAACACAUCAUCUUCUAGUAAUAUUUGUAUUUUAGUUAUACAUCAUAUAUGAAAAUGUUGUAUUCUUACAUACAGAAAAAAACAAACAAACUUUCCAAAGUAAAUACAAAAACUAAGCUUAUGGUUUUGAGGAGCUAUAGCUUGCUGCUUCUUUCUCAGCUGUAAGAAUUAUGCUUGGGGCCUCCAAGAAACGAUAUAAUUUUUGCAGGCAUUUGAUGUCUGGUAGAACCUGGCCAUGGAAAAAUUGAAAAUAAAAACUGUGAGAAUAUGUGUUGGCUUUUCCAUGUUCUUUGUCCUUUGUAAGUUCUAAAAGUGGUCCCUUCCAACGGAGCAAUGGAUCCAAACUACAAGAAAGAAGAUUCCACCUAAACAUUAGGAAGAACUUCCUGACAGUGAGAGCUGUUCGACAGUGGAAUUUGCUGCCAAGGAGUGUGGUGGAGUCUCCUUCUUUGGAGGUCUUUAAGCAGAGGCUUGACAACCAUAUGUCAGGAGUGCUCUGAUGGUGUUUCCUGCUUGGCAGGGGGUUGGACUCGAUGGCCCUUGAGGUCUCUUCCAACUCUAUGAUUCUAUGAUUCUAUGAUUCUAUAACUCUUCUAUGAUUCUAUGAAAAGUGUCUUUUAGAGGGAGCAAAGAGAGGGCCCCACUAAAGAGUCUUCAUGGGUUGUGGCAAUAGUAGUGACAGAGUAGAGCCAUAUGUGGAAAGGCACUCCUUGAAGAAACCUGAUUCCACAUUGUUAGGCCUGCAUGCGAAAACACCCAAGACCUUGAGGCUGACCUAGUGGCUUAUUGGCUGCUAGUAAAAAAAAAAGGGGGGGAGGUAAUGGUACAGUUAUAGGUCCUUAAAUAAAGGUGUAAAGUGUGGUCUGAGGGAUACAGCAGUGUGCUGGUUGCAGCUUCCAGAUUAGCGUUAAGGACAGCCCCACAAAGAGCACAUUACAGCAGUCCAGCUUUGCACGAGUCACAAUGGCAAGACUAUCCAAGUUUGGUGACUGUAUGGUCCCACUUGGCUCCGCCGUAACAGAACUAGGUCUCAUUGACCUGCCUUUAUUAACAGACUGUUUAAGAUCUUUCUUCAUGUGCUUGACUCCAAAGGGAUAGAACAUUCCAGAAGCUAUACGUAUAAGAAGGAUGCCAACUAGAGAAGCGACCCUGCUUCCCAGAAGAUGGUGGAGCAGGAUUUAUUCUGCAGAAGCACUCAGGAGCAAGUUGCUUACUGGUCCAAUCAGUCCCUGCAUCCUAGCUGCCAUUCUUAUGCAACAUCUUUAUGAGCCCCUUCGCCCAGCUUGUCUGGAAUUUUGGGCUGGGUUGCCAUCAGUAUGCCGAUGACACCCAACUCUAUCUGUUGAUGGAUGGCCAUCCUGACUCGGCCCCAGACACACUGACCAGAUGUCUGGAAGCUGUGGCUGGAUGGUUACGUGGGAGCCGGUUGAAGUUAAAUCCUUCGAAGACAGAGGUCCUCUGGCUGGGAUGGGGCGAUAUGGGAUUGAGGGGGCAACUCCCAUCUCUUGCGGGGGUGCAAUUAGUGCCAGCAUCGUCCGUUAAGAGUUUGGGUGUAAUCUUCGAUACCUCCCUCUCUAUGGAGGCGCAGAUUACAGCUAUAAAAAAAGGCGGCAUUUUUUCAUCUCCGCCAAGCUAAGCAGUUGGCUCCUUAUCUCUCUCACCCUGACCUAGCCACUGUGAUCCACGUGACGGUCACCUCCAGAUUGGAUUAUUGUAACUCGCUCUACGUGGGGCUGCCCUUGAGACUGACCCAGAAACUCCAGCGGGUGCAGAAUGCCGCGGCGAGACUCCUUAUGGGGUCUUCGCUGUGAGAUCAUAUUCAUCCGGUACUAUACCAGCUGCACUGGCUCCCGGUGGAGUACAGGAUCAGGUUUAAGUUGCUGGUUUUAACCUUUAAAGCCCUAUACGGCCUAGGACCCUCGUAUCUAUGGGACCGCCUCUCCUGGUAUGUCCCACAGAGAAAUUUACGGUCUGCAAAUAAAAACAUCCUGAAGAUCCCAGGCCACAGAGAGGUUAGGCUGGCCUCAACUAGAGCCAGGGCUUUCUCGGCCGCGGCUCCAAUCUGGUGGAACGCUCUGUCACAAGAGACUAGGGCCCUGCGGGACCUGACAUCUUUUCGCAGGGCCUGCAAGACAGAGCUGUUUCACCAGGCCUUUGGUCAGGGUGCAUCCUGGCCCCCUCCUCUGGCAAUCUGCACAGAAUUUUGCUUAAUGGUUGCCAUCAAUUUGAUUUUAAUUAAUUUUAUAAUGAAUGUUUUUAGAAUGCUGGAUUAUUUUGAUUGUUGUUAGCCGCCCUGAGCCCAGCUUCGGCUGGGGAGGGCGGGAUAUAAAUAAAAUUUAUUAUUAUUAUUAUAACUUCCUUGAAAGGAGAAAUCAAGGUGCUGAGACAGCUCUAAUUGAAAUGUGCCUUUCACCUGGAAAAACUGUCUAAGAAGUAAAUUAUUCCCCAUUUGGUAGCAUUAACUGUGCCAAAAUUCUGCUACCGGGAAUGUCACAACACAUACCCAAUAAUAGUGGCAGUUUUCUGCAGUUAGAAUUAUACUGAUAUCCAGCAGAGGGCAUGAUCCUAAAAUGUUCUCAGAAGCUCUCCAGGUGACCUUCGGCCGGACCCUGACUCUCAGGCUGACAUGUAUCCCAGGGUUGUUGUGGGGAUUACAUGAGGUGAGGAAGAAUUGUGUAUGCCCCUUGUGUACAAUUAUUAUUAUUAUUAUUAGAGUUUAUGUACCACCCUAUACCUGGAAGUCUCAGGGUGGUUCACAGAAAAGAUCUCAACAUAUAUAAUUAGAAUAAAAAACACAACCCAAUAACACUCCUCCAAAAAAGAACAUUUUAAAAGGGUAUAGGAUGUCAAAUAGAUCAACCAAAGGCCUGUUCAAAGAGGAAAAUUUUUGCCUAGUGCCGAAAGGUGUGUAAUGAAGGUGCCAGGGUUCCUUGGGGAGAGCAUUCCACUUCUCUGCCACUGCAGAGAAGGCCUCUUCUCGUGUUGCCACUAUGGACCUCUCAAGGAGGAGGCACAAAAAGGAGGGCCUCAGAAGAUGAUCUCAGGGUCCGGUCCAGGUAGGUUCAUAUGAAAAGAGGCGGUCCUUGAGGUAUUGUGGUCCUGAGCCACAGUAAGGCCGGAUUGCUGUGGUAAAAAUGAAUGUAUUGCCUAGAAUGUUAUUUUUGUUUCAAACAUUGCAAAUUGUGGACAAAAUGGACUGUUUCAAGAGGUGGCAGAGAGAUAUUUCCAGAUUUGUCUGGCAGGGCAAGAAGCCCAGAAUAAAAUUAAAAAUACUAACAGAUGUAAAGGAAAGAGGUGGAUUUGCCCUGCCAGACCUUAAACUUUAUUAUGAAUCAGCAGCUUUUUGCUGGUUGAAAGAAUGGCUGCUUCUUGAAAACACUGACAUUUUGGAUUUGGAAGGUUUUAACAAUGUAUUUGGAUGGCAUGCAUAUCUGUGGUAUGAUAAGGUUAAAGCACAUAAAGCAUUUAAAAAUCACAUUGUCAGGAAAGCAUUGUUUAAUGUUUGGAUAAGAUAUAAGGAUUUAUUGGAAAAUAAAACUCCAAGGUGGCUGUCACCAAUGGAAGCGAAAGCCUUGAAAAAGCUCAAUAUGGAGGUCAAGUGGCCGAAAUAUUGGGAAAUCUUGGAACAAGAUGGAGAUAGAUUGAAAUUGCAGAGUUUUGAAAAAUUAAGAAACAAACUGCGAGACUGGCUCCAUUAUUAUCAGAUAAUGGAGGUAUACAAUUUGGACAAGAAAAUUGGCUUCCAGGUGGAAAAAUCAAAAUUAGAAAUAGAACUGUUAGAACCCAAAACUAAGACUUUGUCAAGAAUGUAUAACUUGCUGCUGAAAUGGAACACUCAGGAUGAAACGGUGAAAUCUGUUAUGAUCAAAUGGGCACAAGAUGUAGGACACAACAUUAUGUUUGCUGACUGGGAACAGUUAUGGACCACAGGUAUGAAAUUUACGGCAUGUAAUGCCAUAAGAGAGAAUAUUAUGAAAAUGAUAUACAGGUGGUACAUAACCCCAGUCAAGCUUGCAAAAAUCUAUCAUUUGCCCGAUAAUAAAUGUUGGAAAUGUAAAGAAACUGAAGGUACAUUUUCCACCUUUGGUGGACGUGCCCAAAGAUUAAGGCUUUCUGGGAGAUUAUAUAUAAUGAAUUAAAAAAGGUAUUUAAAUAUACCUUCUUGAAGAAACCAGAGGCCUUUCUCCUGGGCAUAGUCGGCCAAUUGGUGUUAAAAAAGGAUAGAACUUUCUUUAUGUAUGCUACAACAGCAGCAAGAAUACUCAUCGCAAAGUAUUAGAAGACACAAGAGCUACCCACACUGGACGAAUGGCAGAUGAAAUUGAUGGACUAUAUGGAAUUGGCGGAAAUGACUGGUAGAAUCCGUGACCAGGGAGAAGAGUCGGUGGAAGAAGAUUGGAAGAAAUUUAAAGAUUACUUACAGAAAUAUUGCAAAAUUAAAGAAUGUUAGAGUGAUGUUGGAUUGAAAUUAAGUGGCUUCUAGCUGUACAGGCUUUAAAGUUAUAGAUAGAUCAAGAUUAAGGAUUAGGAUUAAAAAAGUUAAAAGAAAUGGAAAAUUGGCUUUUAAUAGGUUACAAUUUAAUGUUAUAUUAUAUCAAGAUUAAGGAUUGGGAUUAAAAAGGAGGGAAAGGAAUUGCUGGACAAACAAAUUGAAUUGGAAUACAAAAGAGGGAGGUAUGAGGAGGUCCGGGAAAUAAGUCAAUGUAAAAGUUAAGAUGAAAAGAUGGAAUUGUUUUUAACUGUUUUUUCUUUCUUUUUCCUUUGUAUUUUGUAUGUUGUAUUUCUUUUUUUAUUUUUAAAUUUCUUUCCCCCCCCCUCUUAUUAAGAUGUCUUUUUUUUAUGUGAAACUUCAAUAAAUAUCAUUUAAAAAAAAAAAAAAAGGCUUUGUAGAUCAAAACCAGCACUUUCAGUUGGGCUUGGAAACUAAUUGGUAGCCAGUGCAGUCAGAGCAGGAUCGGUGUAAUAUUCUCAAACCAUAUUGCUCCAUGAGCAACCUGGCUGCUGAAUUCUGCACCAGCUGAAGAUUCUGAACCGUCUUCAGAGGGAGCCCUACAUAUAACACAUUGCAGUAAUCUAACCUUGAGGUUACCAGAGCAUAGACAGCAGUAGUUAGGCUAUGCCUGUCCAGAUAGAGGUGCAGCUGGCCCACCAACUGAAGCUGAUGGAAGGCACUCCAGGCCACUGAGGCCAACUGAGCCUCAAGCGACAGGAAAGGAUCCAGGAGUACCCUCAAGCUAUGAAGCUGCUCCUUCAGAGGAAAUGUAACCCCAUCAAGAGCAGAUGACCUUCCACCCAUUGGGUCUACGGAACCCCCCAGUAACAGUGCCUCAGUCAUAUCUGGAUUGAGCUUCAGUUUGUUGGCUCUCAUCCAGUCCAUUACCAAGGCAAGACACUGGUCCAGCACUUCCACUGCCUCACCUGCAGAUGUAAAGGAGAAAUAGAGCUGAGUGUCAUCAGCAUACUGCUGACAAAGUACUCCGAACCUCUGGAUAACCCCACCCAGAAGUUUCAUGUAGAUGUUAAACAACAUGGGGAAUAGGAUUGAGCCCUACAGAACCCCACAUUGAAGGUUCCACAAGGCUGAAAAGCACUUCCCCAGUAGUACCCAUUGGGAAUAACCAUCCAAGUAAGACUGGAACCAAAACAAAGCGAUGCCACCCAUCCCUAGUUUGGAGAGUUGCUCCAGCAGGAUACCAUGGUUGAUAGUAUUGAAAGCCACUGAGAGGUCGAGAACAAUUAAAAGGGACAUGUUUCCCUUGUCUCUCUCUCGACAAAGGUCAUCAUACAGGGCAACCAAGGCAGUUUCUAUGCCAAAAUCAGGCCAAAACCCCAACUGAAAUGGAUCCAGAAAAUCAGUUUCAGUAAUAAUAAUAAUAAUAAUAAUAAUAAUAAUAAUAAUAUUAAAAUACAAUAGUCUAUUAAACAUUAAAAGCUUCCUUAAACAGGGCUGCCUUCAGAUGUCUUCUAAAAGUCUGGUAGUUGUUUUUCCCUUUGACAUCUGGUGGGAGGGUGUUCCACAGGGCGGGUGCCACUACUGAGAAGGCCCUCUGCAUGGUUCCCUGUAACUUGGCUUCUCGCAGCGAGGGAACCGCCAGAAGGCCCUCGGCACAGGACCUCAGUGUCCGGGCAGAACUUUGGGGGUGGAGAUGCUGCUUCAGGUAUACUGGACCGAGCCUGUUUAGGGCUUUAAAUGUCAGCACCAACACUUUGAAUUGUGCCUGGAACCAUACUGGGAGCCAUAUAGAUCCUUUAGGAUUGGUUUUAUAUGGUCCCAGUGGCCACUCCCAGUCACCAGUCUAGCUGCCACAUUCUGGAUCAGUUGUAGUUUAUGGGUCACCUUCAAAGGUAGCCCCACAUAGAGUACAUUGCAGCAGUCCAAGCGAGAGAUAACUAGAGCAUGCACCACUCUGGCGAGACAGUCUGCGGGUAGGUAGGGUCUCAGCCUGCGUACGAGAUGGAGCUGAUAAACAGCUGCCCUGGACACAGAUUUGACCUGUGCCUCCAUGGGCAGCUGUGAGUCCAAAAUGACUCCCAGGCUGCGCAUCUGGUCCUUCAGGGGCACAGUUACCCCAUUCAGGACCAGGGAGGCCUCCACACCUGCUCGCUUCCUGUCCCCCCAAAACAGUACUUCUGCCUUGUCAGGAUUCAACCUCAAUCUUUUAGCUGCCAUGCACCCUCCAACCACCUCCAGACACUCACACAGGACCUUCACCACCUUCACAGGUUCUGAUUUGAAAGAGAGGUAGAGCUGGGUAUCAUCCGCAUACUGAUGAACACCCAGCCCAAAUCCCCUGAUGAUCUCUCCCAGCAGUUGCAUGUACAUAUUGAAAAGCAUGGGAGAGAGGACAGAACCCUGAGACACCCCACAAGUGAGAGCCCAGGGGUCUGAACACUCAUCCCCCACCACCACUUUCUGAAUACGGCCCAGGAGGAAGGAGUGGAACCACUGUAUAACAGCGCCCCCCAGCUCCCAGCCCCUCUAGAUGGUCCAGAAAGAUGUUAUGGUCGAUGGUGUCAAAAGCCACAGAGAGAUCCGGCAGAACUAGGAAACAGCUCUCACCUUUGUCCCUAGCCAACCGGAGAUUAUUGACCAGUGUGACCAAAUGGUCCACUUCUUCCAGGCGUGCCUGGAGUUGUUCAGCAACAACUUGCUCAAUCACCUUGCCCAAGAAUGGAAGAUUUGAGACUGGGCAAUAGUUGGCCAUAUUGGCAGCAUCUAAAGAUGGUUUUUUUAGAAGCAGUUUGAUGACCUCCUCAUUUAGCGGGUCUGGGAAGGCUCCCUUACAGAGAGAAGCAUUCACUACCUCACGAAGCCCUUUGCCCAGCCCUUCCUGGCUAGCUUUUAUAAGCCAGGAUGGGCAAGGAUCAAGGAGACAGGUGGUUGAUUUAACUCAUCCAAGAAGCCUGUCCACAUCCUCAGAGGUAGCAGAUUGGAAUUGAUCCCAUGCAAUUUUACUAGACAGGACUCUAACGAAAUAACGAGACCCAGUUUUACAGCUGUGAAACAUGGCAGGUGCUGCUAAGUUGUGUUAAUUAAGCUGUGUCAGCAAUUGGGCAUAGUAUAUAAAGAGCAGCACCUAGCUCUCUCAUUACCCUGGGGGGUGGGUGGGUUGGUGGUUGGUUCAUGUUUGUUGACGUAUUUAGUGUAAAAGGAGUUUUUGUUUUUGUUAUUAAAACCAUGUUAAAGUUAUUUUUUAGUUCCUUGUGAUGCAUGGUCUCCCUAGCAAGCUCUCUGCAGCGCUACUAAACUGCAAAUAGCCAACAUCGCCCUGGCCCUGCUCCCACGGUGGAGUCUACCUCUUCCCGAAUCUGAGCAACUUCAUCUGCAAAAAACUUUGCAAAAUCAUUGCAGGAGAUCAUGUGGCCCGUACUGGGCCCUGAUGGAGCAGGUGGUUCCGCUAAAUUGCGAACCACCUGAAAGAAUCUCCUGCUGCUGUUUUCUGCAGAUGCAAUAGAGGUGGUGAAGAAAGUCUUCUUCGCCAUCGCUACCGCCACUUGGUAGGCUCAACACUGAGCUCUAACCCAUAUCCAGUCAACUUCAGAAUGAGUUAUCCACCACAGGCACUCUAGCCAUCUCAGCAAUUGUUUCAUUGCCCUCAGAUCUGUGGAAAACCAUGGGGCUGUCGGGUCUCUGGGCCACUGGAGAGGGCGCUUUGGAGCCAAACAGUCAAUAGCCCUGGUUAACUCCACAUUCCAGCGGGCCACCAGGGAAUCAGCUGAAAGGCCAUCAACAUGGGUUAAACAUUCCCUACCACUCUCUGGAAACCAUUUGGAUCCAUUAAGUGGCAGGGGCGGACCAUCUGAAUUUGUCCCACCUCCCUGCUGAGGGGAAGGGUGACGGAGAAGUCCAGUUGCACCAGGAAGUGAUCUGACCAUGGCACUUCUUUAGUUUUGCUUUUACUUAGUGUCAGAUCACCAACAUCCAUAGAGGUGAACACCAGGUCUAAGGCAUGUCCGCAGCAAUGAGUUGGGGCAGACUUAUUCAGGGACAGCCCCAUGGAGGCCAUGCUUUCCACGAAGUCCCAAGCAGCCCCUUGUAAGGUUGUGUCGGCAUGGAUGUUAAUAUCCCCUAGGACAACCAAACUUGGUGUCUCCAGGAGAACAUCCUUCACGACCUGAAGCAGCUAGGGCAGGGAAUCCUUGGUGCAGUGGGGAGGUUGGUACACUAAAAGGAAUCCUGUUCUGCCCCUAUUGCCCAACUUCCAGAACAUGCACUCAGAAAACUGGGUCUUCCCAAUAGGACGCCUGGUGCAAACUAAUGACUUCCUAAAAAUCACUGCCCCACUGCCCACAAGGUUGCUGUACGUAAGAGAAACCUGGUGGACAAGCAGAGGCAAGGACAGGCCCAUCUGCUUCAUCCAACCAAGUCUCUGUUGCACAUGCCAGGUCAAGUCCUCCAUCAAAUCAUGGAUGGCAGCAGUCUUAUGGAUCAUGGACCUGGCAUUGCACAGCAGUACCUUCAGGUCAUGUGGGUAUCGCUUGCUGAAUCCAGUAUCCGUCCAGUCAAGACCAGAUCCAGAGGCACGGAUAGUCCUCAAUCAACGACUAAACCUGCCUCCUCGGUAAUGACAUGGUCUGGUCUUAGCGUAAAUCCUCCUACUGCCUGUGAUCACUGAGAUCGCUUGUCCCAGUGCAACCCCCCCCCCCCCGGUGUAACCUGCCCCAGCCAUUUUGUUGGCUGGGACCCAUACAGGAAAAAAACUAUAUCUUUCAAGAAAAUCUUAGAAACAGAAUAAUCCUUUUUUCCAAACCAGUGAACCCUGAGUAUAGUCUUAGAAUAAUGUAAUGGCAAUGUACCGUAUUUUAGUUCCUCUUACUGGAACACUGCUUCUUGAAAGGAAUGAUGCAGCAAAACUCUGACAUCUUGCAAAUGACAUUAAAGUACACGUGGAAAAGUAGCAUAGAGUCCCAUAAAUAGAUGAGCACUCGGCUUUCCAAAAGACGCUGGAACUUGGUAGUGCACUGCUUGGGUGUCCAUUUCUCACUGGCCUCCAAGGAAUCCUAACGAAAGCUCCACCAUGCAAGUCUGCUGUCCAUUCAUAGCUACCAUUUUAUUGAUGCUCCUGGUUUCUCCAGGUAAGUCCAAUACCAGAACUGUAAGCCAUCAGAUUUCAGUUGCAGAACUAUAGCAGUAAAGGAGAAUGGAGGACAUCUAGAAUUGGGGCAGGCAACCGGGUGGCUACAGGCUAGAUCUGCCCUUCUGGAGAUACACACACACACACACACACACACAGCCCUAUGAAGUAUUCAUCAUGGUGUAGUAAAAAAGGUAUGAUGUCGUGAAUUCUCAUAAUUACCUACUAUCACAAAUGGAUUUGCAAAAUUCUGUUUUGGUAAAUUGUGACUGAGCACUAUCUCCUAUUCUCCAAUUGUUUAGUGGUGAGCAAUGCAAAAUUACAUUUUGAACGGAUGUAUUUGGCAUUCAGAAAUUGUCUGUGGAUUGGAGGACUUCCUUCUACAGUCUGCAGGGGUCUAAUGCAGAAAUGUCUUCCCCAGAGGCAAGGGUCUUGCUAAAAAGCACCCAGCAGGGAUGAAUCCUCCAUUCACCAACUCUUGAAUGUAUUCCCAAGAGAGCAAGAAGGGUUGAUCUGCCUGCCCCAUGUUUGCAAAGUCUGUGCUGUUGAGUUUUGGCUUUGACACCAUGUUCCCACUUCUUCACCUUUCCCAUACUGUAGACUUAUAACCAGAAACCAAUCACAGCAACAUAUCAUGCUCCAAUCGCAACUCUGGCUGGAGUUUAAGGACACCUGUACCCUAAAUGCCAUACACUAGUCUGACCAUAUAUUUCAUAAGUCCUGAAUAAGGUGUGAAUAUAUUUUGGCAAACCUAUUCUGUUUCUCCUCUGUUUUCUUUCCAAACCCACUCCACUAUAUGUUUUUAAAAGACAGACUAGUCUUGCUAUGUCGAAAUAUUUUUUAUUUUUUUCAUCUAUUGCUCCUUCUCCUAUGCUAUCAUGCGAUAAAUGCAAGGAAUUAGCAAGGAAUCCAGUGCCAGGUCUACCAUAAAAUGGAAUACAUUGAGGGCAGUCUUGAUAAUGGUCCAGAAAGAUGCAUGAAAUGUAUGGGUGCCUGUAGAAAGGAUCGAUGGAGCAAGAUUAUUUUUUUCUGGCUCUGGUGGGUGGCAUAUUAACCAAUGGCUUCAGGAAACAAUAAAGGAGAUUGUGGCGCUGUGGGUUAAACCACAGAGCCCAGGACUUGCCGAUCAGAAGAUCGGCGGUUCGAAUCCCCGCGAUGGGGUGAGCUGCCGUUGUUUGGUCCCUGCUCCUGCCAACCUAGCAGUUCGAAAGCACGUCAAAGUGCCAGUAGAUAAAUAGGUACUGCUCUGGUGGGAAGGUAAACAGCACUAGUCUGAACAUAUAUUUCAUAAGUCCUGAAUAAGGUGUGAAUAUAUUUCGGCAAACCUGCUCUGUUUCUCUUCUUUGUCCCCAAACCCACUCCACUAUAUGUUUUCUUUAAAAAAACCAGCUAGUCUCUUAUGUCAAAAUAUUUUCCCCCUCCACUAUGCUAUCACAGGAUAAAUGCAAGGAAUUAGCAAGGAAUCCAGUCUACCAGUAAAAGGAAUAGCUUUUGCGUAAGAACCACACUUUGUCUUUGCAAUGGAGGGCAGUCUUGAUAAUGGUCCAGAUAGAUGCAUGGAAUGCACGGGUGUUUGUAGAAGGGAUUGAUGGAACAAGAUGGUUUUUUCUGGCUCUGGUGGGUGGGACAUGAACCAAUGGCUUCAGGUUACAGGAAAAGAAAUUCUGACUAAACAUCAGGAAGAACUUUCUGAUGGUAAGAGCUGUUCAAAAGUGCAACAAACUCCCUUGGACAGUUUUUAAGGAGAGGUUGGAUGGCCAUCUGUUAUGGUCACUUUUGCUGAGUAUCCUGCAUUGCAGGGGCUUUUACUAGAUGACCCAUGGGGGUCUCUUCCAGCGCUAUGAUUAUAUGAGAACUAAAAAUGGGAUCAUAUGGUACCAUCCCUCAUUGCUGCUAUUUAUCGCAAUAUUGUGCAUGGAGUGCAAUGGUACUUGUAGCAGGGACACAUCUGUCUUUGUAUAUCAUAAGACACAGAGGUUGAAGUCCUGGCCAAAUAUGCAUGCUGUAAUUAUGUCUGGCAGGCAAGCAAGCCCCAAUAAGAAGACUCUCGGCAGUUUUACGUAGGUUUAUUUACAAAAAAACACAUCCAGAAGACGGCUUCUUGCCUGCUCUCAUUUACAAUAGCUGGUCACUCUCAAACCCCUCCCACAGCAGUUAAGUUUCUGAGUCUAACUUUCCCCCUGCACUCUGGGGGGGGGGCACGUUCCUGAACCCCCCCCCGCAUAAUUCCCCUCCUCUUCCUCCUUCUCCUCUUCUUCCUCCCUCCACCCUCUGCCUCUAGGUUUGUUGGGGUGGCUACAGUGAAACCCCGUCUGUAGUUCAGGAGUAUGGACAUGCUCUGCAAAUUCGCAGGAUCUGUCUGAUGGGCCAUAUCCCUUCCACUUUAUCAGAUACUGUAGCCACUUCCCCAUCCAGUAAGAGUCCAGACUCUGCUCCACUUCAGACUCCUCUUCUCCCUCCACCAUUACCAGGGGAGGAGGUGACCCCCUAGGGAUCUAGUAAAGGUGUGCAGGAACUACUCGGGAUAACAGUGUCAGCAUCGCCCUUGAGCCAGUGCCACGGACUGGACUCAUCCACUUCAGCCCCGACUGGGCCAGGCGAGCUGGGAUAGCACUUCCAGAGACGACCUUCUGCACAGGAGCAGGUCAAAGUGCUGUGGACUCACAGCUUAGAGCUGUGAGUACCAGAUUCACUUCCACAAUACAGUCAUGCACAGCAGAGUAUAGCAGAGUAUAGCAGAGCAUAAACAACUCGGAGAGCAGCUCUGUAGAAGAUCUUCUUUAUUCUGUCUACAACUAUUAUAAUACAAAACUAUAUACAGAGCUAAAUGAGGUCUAAACAAAAAUGCUGAACUGCACGAGUGUCUACAGCUGCUCUUAGCAGCAACCUUAUCUAUACAGAGAUAACACACUCUAUCUCUCUAACACUCAGUCUCUCUCUCCUUUGAUGUGAGGCUGGAGAGGAAUAAGUACUGAGCAGAAACCGCCCCCUCCUCUCUGGAGAAUCAGCAGAGAACAUCAGCAGAUUCUUGGAUAUGGGAAGGGUGAAAUCUUCUCGAACAGUGCUCUAUGGAAUACAGGAUGUAUUUUCAUGGAAGCUGGCAACCUAAGCCUGAACGUCACCAGGUUGAUCUAUUACUUCAAAGGGCCCCACCUACUUUCUGCAUCUACAUUUCUGGGGCAGAUCUCUUGUGAACAGGCACACCUUGUUCCCCACCUUUAUCUCUUUGCCUGGCUUCCUGUGUUUAUCUGCCCCUCUCUUGUAUGACUUUUUUAGCCAAGUCCAAUUGCUCCUUUAACAGACUAUGCAUGGCUGUCAUCUCCUCAAUGAACUCUUCUGCUGCUGGCACUGACAGUCUUUCCACCUUUGCAGGAAAAGUCUGUGGAUGGCACCUGUGACUGGCAAAAAAGGGAAUUUGCUGUGUGGAUGCAUGAAGGGCAACUUGGACACUCAGUCAUCUUGUUGAUAACUCACAUAGCACUGGAGGUUGAUAACUCAAAUAGCACAUGGGAUUGUUACAUGUCACAUGUCUGUUUACAUUCCAGCACAGUAUGCUGGAAACUUCCGUUUGUGUAUACCUUUUGCUUUUCUCUGUCUCUCUGAGGAGAAGAAAGGGAGACAACAUGUUUUCUUUGUCCUGAUUUAUGCUCAGUAAAUCUUUAGCUGUUAGUAUGUUUCCACAAGCCUCAUACCUGUUCUGUUUGCACAGUAUGCUCUGCUAAUAUAGCGUGCUCAGGCUUUUGAAGUCUGAGUCUCUGAUUUACAUUGCACCAGAGAUCGGGGUAUCGUCACGGCUGGAAGGGCAUGAUCCAGCUGGGGGCUAGCUAGCUGGCAUCUCGACCCCCAAAGGAUGCUAGGAACUGUAGUACGGCAAGCAUGGGGAGCCCAGGAAUCACUGGACCUGGUUGAGGCCCUUUGGCUAACCUUACUCUUAGUCCUGGGCCUCCGAGAGGGACUGGGACCUUUCGUUUCCCACCUGCUUCUCAUUAGGGUCGGGUUUCUCCCCCCCACUUGCCCCUAAUAGUGACCCCACUGCCCCUCUGCUAGGGCACUGCCUUGAUAUGUGAUUUGCUUUGCCACAGACAAAGCACAGCCUCUCUCUUCUCCUUUCUCACUCUGCCAGCGACAUCUGGAGCCUGCCUCCCACUGAGCCAAGCUGCAUGGGUUUCCCCAUAGUUCCUCCCUGUGCCUACUGCCAAACGUUCGCAUGGGAAUGUCAGGAAUGUUGGCCAUCUUGAACGAUGGUCUGCCCAGCCCCCUCCUCUCCGCCUUGUGUUCUAUCACACGUUGAUCUAAUUGUAGCAAUGUUUUUAUCAGACCUUCCAAGGAAGAAGGGGCGGGGCAACCUGGCUAGCUCAUCCAUCAAGUCUCGGUUCAGCCCGGCUCGAUAUAAUGCCGUGAUUGCCUUCUCUCCCCAUCUCAAUUGCUGGGAUAACAUACUAAAUUCCAUGGUGUAUUGCAUCCCAGUUUUACUCCCUUGUUUUAAACUCAGUAAUUGUCGGGAAGCAGCAGCCAAAAUUGGGGGUCCUGGAACAUUGCAUCCAUUAGUUUCAGGAACGAGUCCAGAUCUGACAAGCCUCAGGGUCCAUCUACAAGGAGGGUCUCCCCCUCCAGCAAACCAACCACGAGAAACACCUUCUCACUUUCAGUCCGAAAUUCUUUGUCUCUCUGUUCAAAAAACCACUUCAGACUGCUUUUGAACACUAAAUAUUCAGAGUUCUUCCCUGAAAACUUGGAAGGGGGGCCCAGUAGGCAACCUGGCGGCUCUUCUGUCCUUUUCUUCUGACACUUGCUGCCACUGUUGAUUAAAUGACCCUGCUAAUUGGUCAAUUUGAGUCUUUAGUUCUAAAUUCUGUUGGAAUAGUACCUGUAGCUGACUAGUUGCAUCUCCAUGUGUCCCAGGGCCUGCAACUGCAUCAGCAGCAGUAGCGUGUUGCCCCUCAGACAUAUCACCUAUUUUCCCAGCCUUGUUGGAGUUAGAGACUAACCAAGCAAUAAUGAUCUCUGGCAGGUAAGCAAGGUCCGAUAAGAAGUAAUGACUCUCCAGCAACUUUAUGCACGUUUAUUUACAAAAAGACACUUCCAGAGCACGGUUUCUUGCCUGCUCUCAUUUACGAUAGUUGGUCAGUCUGAAUUUUCACCCCUCCCACAGCAAGAAGGAUGCCAAACUCCAGCCUCUCCCCUCUUACCCUUCCGUUGCCCUCUGAUCUUCUCAAGUUGCCUAGAACGGGGACUGAGAGGUUGGCCUGCCUCCUCCCCACAUCCACUCAACACAGAUUCAGAGCCCUGCUUAUCUACUGAUUGCCUAGAAACCCUCAGGCUGUGAUUCAACUCUUCCUCCCCUUGAGAGUCUUCCAUGGGAAGGUCAAACUGCUCUCAUCUGCAGAGUUGAUCCCUUGUGCACUUAGUUCAAUUUCCGAGUCUAAUUUCUGAGUCUAACGCUUCCCUUGAGCUCUGGGGGGCCAUGUUCCUGACACAUGAUAACUGAAAAAGCACUUAUUGCUGUAUGGUGGCAAAUUAAGUAUAGAGCCUAUGUGUGGCAACGUUAUUUUAUGUAACAAUACAGAUUGAAAAAAUGAUAUAUGGUGGAAGCUGCAAUGCAAGAUGGAAAUAGAGGUGGCAAAUACAUAACUAACCAUUUCAAAUGAAUUCAACAUUAAAGGAAACUGCAGGUGUAAUGUCAAAGACUCUGUCUAUAAACUUUGAGAAUUCUUUGUCACUGUGGACUGGAGGCAGGCAAAUUCCCUAUCUUCAAAAAAAAAAGGGGGGGGGAGACCCAGGCAACUACCAACCAGUCCACAUGACAUUGAUAGCAGAAAAUAAUAGAACCAAUAAUUAAACAGUUGGUCUAUGAGACAUAGCUUGGGGGAAUCAAGAGAAUGUUGUUGAUCUAGCCUAUCUUGAUUACAGUAAGUCCGCCGAGAUAUUAUUGCAAAGAAGUUGGUAAAAUGUGGGCUAGAUUUGUAGUUGGUUGACCAAACCCAAAGAGUGCUCACCUAUGUAUAUAAUAAUGAUGAUAACAACAACAACAACAACAACUUAUUAUUUAUACUCCAUCCAUAUGGGUGGGUUUCCCCAGCCACUCUCAAAAACUACAGGGUUAUCUCCUGGGCCCCUUGUUCAAUGGCUUUAUAAACAAUUUGGUUGAAGUAAUUGAGAGGGUGGUCAUGUAAUCUGCAUCUAAUACCACAAAAGAUAAAAUACAGAUUCGAGUUGCUUUAACGCAUUGGAGAAUAGGGCCAACACUAACCCCCCCCCCCAAAAAAAAAUCCACAGUGACAGAUACAGGUUUCCACACUUAGGCAGGACUAUACAGAUGUAAACCAGUAGUACAUGUGAAAAUGAUGUAGCUGUCUUAGAAAUAAAAUCCUGUUGAUUUUUCCCAGGUGGACAGUUCUAUGAUUCUAUGAAUACAGUGGUACCUCAGGUUACAGACACUUCAGGUUACAGAUGCUUCAGGUUACAGACUCCACUAACCCAGAAAUAGUACCUUGGGUUAAGAACUUUGCUUCAGGAUGAGAACAGAAAUGGCACAGCAGCAGCGGGAGGCCCCAUUAGCUAAAGUGGUACCUCAGGUUAAGAACAGUCUCAGGUUAAGAAUGGACCUCCAGAACGAAUUACGUUUUUAACCUGAGGAACCACUGUAUUCACAAAAUGCUAUGUAACUAGAAGAGGUCCUUAAAAUAUAUUUUGAUCUAAAAAAUGGAGUAACACCUGGCAGAUGACAAUGAGAGCUUGUGGUUUAGAGAGUGAACAAGAAGUGCAGAAGGCCCUGGAUCAACUUUAGCCUCUGCACAGAUUCCACUGGUUGGUUCUAGAAUAGCUAUUCUCCCAUUUGCACUAGGUAGAGAAUAACACUAAUUGAGCUGAGAGGAAUAGUUGGAAAAGUUACAAUCAGAUAUAGAAAUGAGACAUUCAAAAGCACUAUAUGCUUGCUAAGUAUUGUCAAAAUUAGAAAAUAUAUGCAAUAUACAUAUCUUUUCUAUUUAAAUGAUAGUAACCUGGCAGAAAUGGAAUUAAUAGACAUGAUGUAUGGUGCCCGGUAUGUUGGAAUUUAAGAAAAAGCAUUUGCUUCACAAUACCUUUUUUAAUUUCUUUACAGUUGAUUGCUUCACUCAUUUGCCCCGGACAGUAGAAGACCAAGUUAUGAAUGCUGAGCACAAGAGAGAAAUCCAGAUAUCCGAUUUUACACUUAAUAUACAAGUCCAAGGGACUCGUGCUUCUCUCCAGAGAUUUGUUGAAGACCUCAAAGCUCUCCUUUACAAAAAUGUUGAAAUAAGUGAUACUUCUAUUAAUAUAGGAAAAAAAGACAAUGGCGGUUUUCACAAUAGAGAAGAUGAUGGGGAGGGAUUCAUAAUCACCAUAAAAGGUAAAGGGACUGAAGCUUCUGUCAAAAGAUUAGUCCAAGAAAUCAAUGCCUUAAUUAGCACAUAUGGUGAACUAAACAAUACUUCCACGGAUAAUGAAAGGAUUGACUCUCCAAACAACAAUGGACAUAUGGGAGUUGAUUUUAUCCUGAACAUACAAGGCCAAGGGGAUGAUGUUUCUCUGAAGAGAUUAGUCAACGAGAUUAAAGCUUUUCUUACCAAGGAUGGGGAAAUAAAUCAUUAUUCUGUGAAACUGCAAAGCCAAAGCCUUGGGCAUCAGACAUUGCUUUUUAAAUUAACCAUGCAAGGCAAUGGGGCUGAUGCUUCUAUCAAGAGAUUAGUUGAAAACAUCAAUGCCAUGCUUCAGACAGAAGGCCAAAUAACUCACAGUACCAUCAACAUAGAAGGCCAAGGGAUUGGUCCUUCUAUCCACCAAUUAAUAAAUGAGAUCAACAGUUCCCUGAAUAACAGGCCUCAUGAGGUUAAUAAUUUCCCAACCGAAGGAGGCCAGCAGGUAAAGUUUACAUUGAAGAUAAAGGGCCAAGGGAAUGAUGCUUCCCUAAAGAGAUUUGUCGAAAAGAUCAAGGCUUUUCUUGGCAAGGAUAAGGAAAUAAACGAUUACUCUCUGAAGAUGAAAGGACAAAGGCAGGGCAAUCAGAUGAUUCAUUUUACUCUCACGACAGAAGGUCAUGGGACUAAUGCUGCUCUAAGGAGAUUGGUGGAAAACAUCAGUGCCUUCCUUCAAAGAGAAGGGAAAAUGACUCAUAUUACCUUCGAAAUAGAAGGCCAAGAGAUUGGUACUUCUAUCCACCAAUUAAUAAAUGAGAUCAAUAGUUCCCUGAACAACAAGCCUUAUGAAGAUAUUAAUUUCCCAAACGAAGUACACAAGAGGGUCAUGUUUACAUUGAAGAUAAAGGGCCAAGGGGAUGACGCUUCUCUAAAGAGAUUUGUCGAAAAGAUCAAGGCUUUUCUUGGCAAGGAUAAGGAAAUAAACGAUUACUCUCUGAAGAUGAAAGGACAAAGGCAGGACAAUCAGAUGAUUCAUUUUACUCUCACGACAGAAGGUCAUGGGACUAAUGCUGCUCUAAGGAGAUUGGUGGAAAACAUCAGUGCCUUCCUUCAAAGAAGAAGAGAAAAUGACUCAUAUUACCUUCGAAAUAGAAGGCCAAGAGAUUGGUACUUCUCUCCACCAAUUAAUAAAUGA